GGGGCGUACAGGCAGUGUUGUUGUCAUGCUUAAGCGGCGUACACAAAAUGAGUAGAUGUUCAAUUCUCUCCCUGACAAUGAAGAAAAUGAUAACGAUGCUAAUCAUGUGGACAUUCACGGAGAUGACAGCAGCUCAGCCUCUGUGCGACCCGCUAACUCAGUACCAACGAAACGGAGAGUGUUGUCAAAUGUGUCCACCAGGCACCAGCAUGUCUUCGUUGGGAACUUGCGCGGAGCCCAUGUGCCGCAUCUGUGACGAGGACGAGUAUCAGGACACGUUCACCGUAGAGGCCAAUUGUAAACGUCAACCAUACUGCGACCCAAAUAAAAACCUUGAGUUCGUAAAGGAGAAGAGUAAAACGGAAAAGAGCGCGUGCGCUUGUCAACAUGGAUUCCACUGCUCCAGCGACGCCUGCCUCACCUGCGUCCCGCACAGCUCCUGUGGGCCCGGGUGGGGGCCGCUGGUUGAAGGGAAUCAAACCCACGACACGGUGUGCCGUAGAUGUCCUGAAGGCACGUUUUCUAGCAAGAGCUCGUGGGACGCCGUCUGUGUACGAUGGACCGAGAACGGAGUGAGCCGCAGGUUGGAACCCAAGAUGCGUGAGACGACGUGUGAGAGCGGGUACCACGUCGGGCAAAGCGGAUCGGACAAAUCAGACGUGGUUUGCGAGAAAAGCCAGCGUCAGCAUGCCGUCAUCGCCAUCAUUGUAGUUUUACUUGUGGUUGGGGUCGCCCUCAUAGCGGCAGCCAAGAUCUGGUUCUCCAGAGGUCGAAAAGAGGAGUCAAAAGGAAAGGGCUGCGUUGAGGCAUGUGUGCAGUGUGACAAUGACCCCCCCAGAGAAGAGAAAGCCCUCCUUGACAGGCAAACCGCUGACGCGGUCCCAGAAGCCGACAUGCCGCAGCCUUCGAUGGAGGAAGGCGGCACGGGGGUUCCUGAGGAAAACGAGGACGGUCCGAACCUGGCGGUCACUGGAGGUCUUCUUUUCACAGAUAACGGAAACUACGUGACGCAGGAGAACGGUAAAAGCGAAGUCCUCUCCCGCCAGGAAUCUCAAAGCGGGACUUUGUUGAGUGAAAAGUCUUUGUGAGCCGCCAUCGCCGUGGCACCUUUUGAAGGCAUUGUUUUGCACACACCUCCCAAACGCUACGCCCCAAUAGCUAACUGGUCAAAUAAAUAACAUACACUUCUAAACGUUUGAAUGUUUGUUGAAAUAACAUCUGCUUUCAACAUAAACGUAUUUAACUCCGCUGCACAGUGAAUGAUGUUUCAUUGUUGGGUUACAUGUCUAAAUUGUUGUUCUUACUUCACCAAAUAAACUUUGAUGCUUGUGCUUUUAUCUUUUAUUGUGUGUAUUGUAUUGUAUGUAAUUGUAUUGUAUUUAAAUGUAUAUAUAAACCAAUAAACU